AUGGCGGGCACAUCCAUGGCGUGUGCGAGUGCAUGCAUCUGCGACAACGGCAACCACUUCCAUGGUGGUAGUGAGCGGACCCAUGACAACGAACUAGUAGCAGAACCAUGGACAGGGCACCCCCCUCGAUUCAACACUAGCUUCGCCCUAAAGAGAUUCAAGCAUGUUGAUUCACCACCGAUCGAAUCGAACACUCUGGUGGUCACAUUGCCGAGUCUACUGCAGGAUGUUUUGGAGGUUAUCUUUGGUAACCUUGAGAUUCCUGAUCUUGUACGUGCCGGUUCUGUCUGUUGCUCUUGGCGAGCCGCCUAUGAUACCCUGCGUGACCUCAGGAGGUACAAACAGUCGCAAACGCCUUACCUAUUCUACACCUCGGAAUCUACUUGUGACAAUCUUGCCUGUCUCUAUAGUCGUGUGGAAAAGAGGGUGUACAAGUUAACUCUCCCAGAGCGACCGAUCCGUACUAGAUUUUUGGUCGGGUCCUCAAAUGGAUGGCUGAUCACUGCAGAUGAGGGAUCUGAGCUUCUACUUGUCAAUCCAUUCACUAGCGACCAGAUCGCACUCCCUUCAGUGGUCACGAUUGAGCAUGUAAAACCCAUCUUUGAUGACUCAGGUACAAUCCACAAGUUUGAGUUAUCAUACUUCAUUGGAGAGAAGGAUGACACGGCACCUGAGAUAUAUGCUCGAAAUGAUCUCCGUGAAGAGCUCUACUUCAAGGCAUUUGUGUUCCCUGAUCUGUCUACUGGCAGCUACAUUGUGGUGCUCAUCCACUAUCCGUACUAUCAACUUUCAUUUGCACGAGCAGGAAAUGAUAAGUGGACCUGGCUACCACCCAAUGCAGGAUACAGAAAUUGCAUGUACGUCAAUGGUGUAUUGUAUGCAUUGAACACUAAGCUGGGAGAAAUUGAUGCCUUUGAUCUCAGUGGCUCUUCUGUCACAAGGAAGAUUAUUGUGACGGAGGUAAAGGAUUAUGUUUACGAGAGCAUGUACAUCAUUCCGGCUCCUUGGGGUGGUCUGCUGCAAGUUUGGAGGGUAGUAGAUGUUCCAAGGCAUGAGGUUGGGGACGACCCAUCAAUACAUGGCCCUGCAACACACGUGAAUUAUAUUACCCAGAAAAUCCUAGUGUAUAAAGUGGAUAUGGCUGCCAAAGAGCUAGUGAAAAUUAACAGCUUACCACACCAUUUGUUGUUUCUUGGGCAUAAUCAGUCACUUUGUCUUGGUGCUGAAGAACACCCACAAUUGAAGGCAAAUCAUGUCUACUUUACCGAUGAUCGCAAGGAACUGAUUUUGUCAUAUAAGGAUGUCAAUCGUGAUAUAGGAGUUCUCAGCUUGGAAAAUCGCCAGAGGAAAGAAAUUAUGUCUAAGAUUUGGUCCGACUUGCUGUGCCCAGCAUGGAUAGUACCCAAUCUUACAAAGAUGAAUUUUUCAUUUGCUAAAUAA